CCCUCAAGCAGCCAAGCCCGAAGAGGAGUCUAAGGGCAGUUUAGUAACUAAGAACUUAUAUAAAGCAAAGAGAAUUAGGGUUUUCGUUCUUAAGAGGCCGGACGAUCUCACUCACUGCGACAGAGCCGCUUCUAUCUCCUUUGCUCUCAGAGAUGGCCAAGUCAAAGAACCAUACAGCUCACAACCAGUCCUACAAGGCUCACAAGAAUGGCAUCAAGAAACCAAAGAGGCAUCGUCACACCUCCACCAAGGGGAUGGAUCCCAAGUUCUUGAGGAACCAGAGGUAUGCCAGGAAGCAUAACAACAAGAGCGGGGAUUCAGCCUCCGAACAAGAGUAGAACUACCUUCUUAUUGAGUUAUGGUUUCCUAUUUCCAUGUUAGGGAUUUACUUUAAUAGUGUAUUGGCUUUAUUUCAAGUUGCAAUUUUUGAAUAGUGGCUGUACUGUACUGUUAAGCCAUUUAUGUUUUGGAUAAUUGUUACUUAAAUAUUUUGCUUAAGAUUUUCUAAUUUCAUGGCUCUGAUAUUAGUUGUUUA